AUGACGCAGUUCAGGAAACGAAUAUCGCUGUUCACCGCCGGUCUCUGGAUAUUUGCUGUUAGUCUGAUCUACUUUGAACGGAAGGAACUUUUUGGGAUUCAACAGCCGACGUUUAACACCACAACAGAAGAACGCUUCGACGAAGCGUACUUGGAGCGGCAGUUACAGCCCGCCAAAUAUACAGCCGUCAACCGUGUAAAAAGCAAAGACGGUAUUUAUCCGGCUUCCAACCCCAUCGUCUUCGAAAAAUACCGGAAAGCAUCAACAAAUUCCAGUCGGGCUGAGCCACGUACGGGUCGGUUUGCCUACGCCUUUAUAGUUGGAGGCUGCAAGCCCGAAAGUCCAUCGUACCGCCCCUAUAUUUACAACAUUGCCAUAUCUACCUAUAUUCAACGAAAGCGAGGCAGUACCGCAGACGUGAUUCUCAUGGUACAGAUGGCCUACGCCUCAUCACACGAGACUUUACCGCCUGACGACAAGGCACUUUUGGAAAGACUCGGUAUUCAAGUGCAAUACAUUCCCAAAACCAAGGACGAAAGCUUCUAUCGACUCAUGCUGGACAAAUUUCGCAUUCUGCGACUGACUCAGUACGAUCGAGUGCUGUUUAUGGAUUCGGACGCCCUCGCCAGAACCAACCUGGACUACUUGUUUAUGCUGUCGUACGAGGGAGUCUUAAAGGAAAACUUCAUUUUGGCGGGCCCCACGGAGCCCGCAAACGGCGGCUUCUUCCUGCUCCAGCCUCGACCGGGCGACUGGGAGCGACUGCUCGACAUUGUCCGCGUCGCGGAGGAGCGUGGACGCCAAAGUCUACCCUACCCGCACUGGGACACAACACUUGGAUGGGGACAGGCGAUUCCGGCUUUGCAGCCCUACGAAACGCUGGUUUCCGAGAGCCGCACCAAGGCUACCCGAUGGGGGUUCCACGGCGCCUUUGCCGAUCAGGGGUUACUGUACCAUUGGGUCAAGUACGAACGCCAAUCCGUCUCGAUCCUCGUAAAUCGGGUUGUGCAAAACUGGGGCACGGACGCGGACGGGCAACCCAAAAUGAAGGAAAAGUUAAUUUUCCAAACCUUGCUGGACCGUGUUCCCGAGUCGUCGCACCACCCCAACUUUUGCUGGCGCACGUUCGUUCGGGUCCGCGCUUGUGUACCACCGCAUUCCGACUACGUGCAUUUUACCGGCAAUCGCAAACCGUGGAAGGCGCUCGGAAGGACACAAAACGCUACUACCGUGUCAAAGACUCGGUAUCGCCGGAGUGUCACCACCGCCGGGCCGCGGGAGUACCGGGGUCAGCAAGAGUACCGAGCGUUCUGGUACGACACGUUGCGGACGAUGGCGACCGAACUGCACUGGACCAUGCCGGCAGUCGAGAGUAUCUCCUGGAACCGUACGCACCGUGCCCCACUGGUUAAGUUUCCGCUGCACACGGACGCGGCAACGACGCAGUACGCUGCCAGUGUGUGGUCCGAACGCUCGUGA